UCGAAGGAAGCCAAAGUAGACACCUUCCGAGAGGUGAGGACGACUCAGUCCGUCAUUUUGGAAAAACCUCCAGCCGACAUGGCUUUGGACCUGACGUGUGCCUCGAGCCGUAGAAAGCCUGCUCACAAACCUGGAGCUGACCUUGGAGAGCAUGGUAAUUUUAAGAGAUGGCAUGUGAAGUUCAGAGAAUUUACCGCCCCUGAGGGUGCCGAUCCCGAGAGUACCCUGAAGCGGCUUUGUGAGCUCGGCCAUCUGUGGCUGAGGCCAGACCUUCACACCAAAAAGCAAAUUAUGGACAAGCUGGUGCUGGAGCAGUUCUUGAUCUCCAUGCCACCAGAAUUCCAGGUCUUGGUCAGGGAGAGUGGCGUGGAGAGCUGCGAAGACCUGGAGGAGCUACUGAGAAGUGGCAGGAGACCCCAGUCUAUAGUCUCCAUAAAUGGAGAGCAAUUUCUUCUACAAAAUCCAGAUGUUGAGAUGGUCGAAUCUGAGGCCAGGGAUGGAGAUGAUGUGAACAUCUUGUGCAGGGAGCCAGGUUCCCUUGUGAGUGAGACCCCUCUGGCAAAUGGAUGGGAGGUCGGUGAAGAGCACCAGAAUCUUCCAGCAACGGAUGAAGCCUCAAGCAGACGACAGCAGGGGCAGAGAUUUCUGCCAGAGGCUACUUCCGCAAGUGGUGAUUUGUGGAUUCUGAGCCCUGAGCAGAACUUGGACAAGAACGUGACAGAAGAUGGGGAUGAGCCAACUGCCUGUGUGGCCCAAGAGCCUCAGCUUCUGAAGGGUGCUGUAGAUCCCUUGGGAGCCGGUGGCAGAAAGAGUACUGAAGAAGGCACCUCUUUUGGAAAUAUGGAGCUUGACACACCAACUGCCCCUGUUUUGAGGAAACGCAUGUCUGCUCCAGGCACAAACAGGGAAGAUGGCGAGAAGAACCGGAGACAUUCCCAAAGUAGAAAACCAGACAACUCCCAGAAAUCUGAAGAACUCCAUGAAGAAGCUACUUGUUUGGUCAAAGCAGAAUUCCUGGCACUAUUUAAUAUUUGCCCAGUAGAUUCCCCAAAGACCAGGGAGCCUAAUGCCCAUGAUUCACUGAGGAUUGUGGGACCAAGCGAGCCUGAUUUACCUAACACCAGUGGACAAAUGGAGCUUACUCUGUCUGAAGAUCGAAUACCCACGAGUUGUUCACCCUAUCAAGUUAAGAAGCAGAGUUGUCCGCCAGAGACUGUGUCUGCAUAUGGUGAACUGGAGAGUCUGAUACCUGAGAAGAUCUUGGAAAAGAGCUUGAUGGGCAAUGGGACUAAGUCAACAACAUACAUCACUCAAGAGCCUCACCUUCUGAAAGAAGCUGCAGAUUCUGUGUGGGCCAAUGAGAGUGGGAAUCGUGGAGAAGGUACUUCUGUUGCAAAUGUGGAUGCUGACACGCCAUACUCCCCAGUUGUGGAGAGACCAGUUUCUACUGAAGGCCCAAACAGACGAGAUUAUGAGGAGAAUCGUGGACGUUCCAAAAGAAGAAAACCAAACAAGUCAGAGACAAAUCGAGAAGGACAUAAUGAAGGACAUACUGGUUUGGCACAAUUGAGACCAACAGAGCAUGGUGCACUGAAGACUGUGGAACCCGCUGACUGCACUUCACCAGGAACCAUGGGACCAAUUGACCACAGGGUGGCUAAAAAGCAAAGAUCCACAAAGCAGUCAUUCCAUCAGUGUGGAUUUUGUGAGAAACUGUUUACUUAUAAAUCUCAGUUUGACAUCCACCAAAGGACACACACAGGAGAGAGGCCCUUCAAGUGCAGCACCUGUGGGAAAGGCUUCAUGCAGCCAUCAGAUCUCCGUGUCCACAACCGAAUCCACACGGGAGAGAAGCCAUUUAAAUGCGACAUCUGCUCCUGUCAGUUCUCCCAUGACUCCACCCUUCGCGGCCACAAGAGGAUCCACACCAAAGAGAGACCAUUCGUUUGCCAAAGGUGUGGGAAACACUUCAGCCACAAGGGGAAUCUCAACGUCCAUCAGAGGAUCCACACUGGACAAAAACCUUACCACUGUUCUGAUUGUGGUCUAGGCUUCCGUCAGCUGGGAACUUUCAGGCGCCACAAGAAAAUACAUAUGAAAGUGACAUCCUGUUAGUUGUCUAUUGAUCCCUCCUGGGUCAAUUGUGAAACACGUGCUAAGAAAAGGUUAGGGGCGGGGAGCUGAUAGUGCUGGUUGUAUAAUUUCACUUAAUGGGAUUGAAUGACAGAAUUGUAUGUGAGUGGAUAUAUUGGAUUGUGUGAGCUAUGGCAAAACAAACAACUAUUAUAUAA